UCAUCAUCACCUUGCUCUAUCACGUCUUUUUAAGACCACCAAUAUCAACUUGAUGAACAUGCAAGACUCUUCAAUUUCUUCUCUCUGAUCACUUUCUUCAUACCUGGCAGCUACAAUCACUCUCCUUCUAGCUACCCGACCUGGUGCUUCAAAUCCACCGCGGCCAUGGCUGAGCCAAAUGUUACAACAAUGGUGAUAAAGGUGGAUCUUCAAUGCGAAAAGUGCUACAAGAAGAUCAAAAAAGUGCUCUGCAAAUUCCCUGAAAUUCGAGACCAGGUAUACGAUGAGAAGAAAAACACAGUGACAAUCAAGGUGGUUGGUUGUAGUCCUGAGAAGAUCAAAAAGAAGAUAUGCUGCAAAGGAGGUAACUCUGUCAAAGACAUUGAGAUAGUUCCCGAGAAGAAGAAGAAGGAACCUGAGAAGCCCAAGCAGCCUGAAAAACCCAAAGAGCCUGAGAAGAAACCACAGCCAUGUUCGUGUAACCCACCACCGGUAGCAGGUUUACCAAUUGGGGUGUGUUGUCCUGGGUGUUGUGGAGGACGAGGCUGUUGGCGGUGCUACCACGGAUAUGGAUAUGGAUAUCCGCCGCGGUUUUAUGAAGGGUGUUAUGGAACACCGGUUUAUGACAGCUGGUGCGGAGGUUGUUAUCAUUAGUUGCUAAACAUGACAAAUUAAGGUUUGAUGUGUAAUCAAGGAUAAUUGGCUUAUUAUGUUUUUAUAAUAGGGUUAGGGACGCACGUGGUGUCCCAUGAAGGAGUAUUGUGAUCAUGCAAUACUAGGAGUGGGUGGUGUUACCGUAUGUGUUGCGUUGGCGAUGUGUAAGUUAUUAUCUAGUUUUUAUUUUCAGUUAUCAUGGGUGCCUGUUGCACACGUUGUAAAUAAUUUAGACAGUUAUCGCAUUAUGUAUUGUUUUCCUAGUUUGAAGGAGUGGUGGUGGUCACGAUUGUUGGCAACUCAACCUCUUCUCUAUGUUUGUAUUUAAUUUCUUGUGGAUGGGAAUGAAGUUAUCAAGAAUUAUAACAGGAC